AUGGUCGACAUCGUACACCUAGACUUCCAAAAGGCCUUUGAUCUGGUAUCCCAUGAUGUUUUCAUGGCAAAAUUGGAGGAUUAUGGGCUUAACUGCUGCUCAUUCUCUCCAUCUCUUUCCCCCCCAGUGAAGCCCAAGGUGAAAGUCUCCCCAACAAAAUCAGGGACCCAGGCCCACCCAGACACACUGAUUUGCUCUGUGAUGCGGUUUUACCCUGGCGGGAUUGAGGUGAAAUGGUUGAAGAAUGGGCAGGAGCAGACGGCCAGAGUGGUGUCCACGGAGCUGAUGCAGAACGGAGACUGGACCUUCCAGAUCCUGGCGAUGCUGGAAAUGACCCCCCGGAGCGGGGACGUCUACACCUGCCAAGUGGAGCACAGCAGUCUGCCGGGCCCCGUCACCGUGCUCUGGGAGGUGCAGUCAGACUCGGCCAGGAGCAAGAUGCUGACGGGGGUCGGGGGCUUCGUGUUGGGGCUGAUCUUCCUGGCGCUGGGACUCCUCGUCUACCUGAGGAACAAGAAAGGUGAGUGGGAUAUGUCCAGGAUGCUGGAACCAUGGCAUCAUUGGGACAAAAUGCUCAGCCUGCCGGUCUGUCUGCAGGCUCCGCUCCCUAUCAGACCCCAGUACAAACUGUCCUGGAGUCUGGCAGGGGCCUCCCAGUGUUUCUAGACCUAGUCAGC